UCCACUCUACUUAAGAUCUCGUAGAUUUAGUUUCCUUGGUGAUUGCUUCAGAUCGCUUAUCGAUAUUUGAAUGAUGAAGCUUAGAGAAAAAGCUUUGUGUACGUUUUGAAACGUUAGAAAGCAAAGAUCUGCGAGAAGAGGCGAAAUCGGUUCAGUGACAAUUCGGUCAACCGUUAGAAGGAAUUAAUCGUUAGAUUGUGACAAAGUGUGUUCCUAGAUUGUAACAAUAUAAAACAUGCAACACGAAUUUUACACGUCUUGUAUAAAAGUAAACGGGAUUCCUCUUCUGCCGCCAUUAAUGACCGACAGUAUCAAAGAGGAGAUGAAACACUACAGAUCUUUAGCUGUCAAAGUGGAGGAAAAAUUGAAGGCCAGACAAUCGGUGAAACGCACUAUUGAAGACAAAUGCGUGCAAGCCAACAUAGCAGAAUCGACGAAUCAAUCAAAGAACAUAACCAAAUAUAGCUCAGAUAGCGAUUUAUCCAAUUACAAUACCACGAGUGACACCAAUAACAGUGAUUCAUAUUCCAAAGUUACUAUUGUUGAGCAUUCACCAGUGAUGCAAGUAACUGAUGAAGCAAGAGACAAGCUUGAUAUUCAGUCUCCCAUGUCAGAUACGCAAGAUAUGCAAUCUCAGAUUUCCUCAAUUAACUGUACUGAUUCAGAGAAUAAUGAUGCAGAACUUGUGAACAUAAAGAUCGAUCAGACAGAAUGCAUAGACACUAUGAUGGAAGCUUCAAUACCUAAUGAAGAAGUGAUAUCAUCAGAAAGCUGGAAACCUGAAAUACCCAAGACGCUGGAUAUUGUUCCAAUAACGUUAAGCGAUCUCAAGUGCGAGCAGGAUCACAUCAAGCCUCUCACGAUGCUCACCAAGGAAAGUGAACAACCACCUAAAUUAUCACGUCAAGGUUCUUAUGUACUGGAUACACCCAGCCCUAUGUUACUUGCCCAUAUGCAUACAGAAUUGACUGAUAAAAACUAUGUUCCUACACCCACUACUGUUAAUGUAUCACAGCGCAAGCAAUGGAAUAUCACACAGUCCAAGGUGGAGUGGGAAAACAAGCAACUUCCAGCAGAGGACACUGAAACGUACGAGAAGCUGGAAGCUACACACGAAUCGAAUUUUCAGCGUGCAGAGUCAGUUGUCUCCACAGAUUCCUGUCAAACGAACAAAUCUGCUGAUUGCACCGAAGCGACAAUUGUUGAGGAGCAGCACAUAAGCAGAUUUGAUAUCACAUCGAAUGAACAUAAUCAUACACCUAAUAUCGAUUUAAAGGACAGAAGCACAGAGAAAUCAAAGAGAGACGACAGCGUGUGUGUGUUGAAUUUGGUGAAUAAAUUGCAAGAGGCCGCGGCGAUUGGGAACAGCCCCGAGACGCGGUCGCCAUGCGCGGAUGGAAAGACACACUACGAUAAGAUGAGGGACAUGAAAGAGCAUCAAGACCCUCUCGUCAGGACGAAGUCAUCCAUCACUUCAGAGAAACUGCUGACUGUCUACAGAGAAAUCGAGGAGAUGCACAAAAAGCAGAUGAUGCAGCUGAUAGACCGUCAACGGAAGGAGCAGUCUCUGCUGCAGGCGGAAUUUCAGAAGCAGCAGAUGCUCCUGUUGGCGGAAAUACAGAAAUGCUCCGUGGGGAUACCAUAUCAAGCUUCAGUGACUCCGAGUGUUACGCCAAACGCUGCUUGCGAAAUAAGACAGCAACUAGAUGUAAGCUCCCCCAGAAGCGUACACGCGGACGUUCCCUGCAACAACGACAAAUCGUCGUCAGAGUUCCGUGCGAACGUCAUAGUGUGUCCUCUGAAUUACAUCUCGUCGAAGAACUUGUACACUAAGCAUUAUAAGUCUCCGCUUUACAUCACGGACACGUCUUCCGCGACUGUUAACUUAGAAUUUACGAGGCAGAUAAACCUACGCGAGGCCGUACAUAACGAUAGUAUUAGUAGUAAUAACAAUAGUAAUAAUAAUGUUAACGACGAGAACGACGACAAGAAGGGCAAUCGCGAGUCGCGCGAUCGCUCUGCGUGUAAAAAUUCAACUGUAAACCGGCAAUUGUUCCCGUUAGACAGUAACACCACACAUGUACCAGUGCUAGACACCUCGGUGUAUCAUGAGAAACACGUGCGGGCGGUGAAUAUUAUCAAUGCGUAUGCAAGGGGUUACUUAACGCGUAGAUUAAUGCGGACCGAGCGCGUUAUCACGUUGAAAAAAAUAUACAAAGAGGCGCUGCACUGUAUGCUUAAGUUACACGUCGACGCGCCUUUAAACCUGGCGGAGGUGAACUUCCUUCAUCGUCUCCAGUUACAGUGCGACGCAGCAUCCCUGAACUUAGUGGAGCUGUUUGCCCAGCCUCCCUCGAAAAGGGUGAAGGUAAUAGCACAGGAUCGCGAGAUCAAACAGUCUCGGAUGGAACGCCCGGCCUCGGCUCGCUCGUACUCGUUCGCUACUCAAAAGACUCUGGCUAGAAAGAAUCUUAAGGAGUUCGAAUCCACGAUGAUCAAGUAUCAGCGGCCGUUAGUCGUCACAAAGAAUAUCAUACGGUCCAGGUGCCAGACUUGGACGUCGGAUAUAAGAGAGAGACUGGUGUCACCGAAUACUUUGAGUGAGUCGUCUAUACAGCACGCGGUCGAUUCAUCAUUUCUUACCGUCACAAAUACUCAUUUAUAUAUUUCAAUUGCAGAUCAGAGUAUCAGAAGGAGCACGAGCACGGGAACCGUUCGCAAGCCGUGGCGAUGAUGCCACACAAGCGAGAGAGAAGAGAGAGAGAGAGUGCCUUAACGACAUUGAUCAAAUGACACACCAAUUUUGCCGCUAGAACGCGGAAUUCCACGCGCAUCGUAGCUCUCGAGCCGUGAUAAUCGCAUUACCCGGAGCGCCUUUGCCGUUAGCUGUUCUUGCCUUAAAAAGAAAGCGCGCCGGUACAUGAUUUUCCGACGAAUAUAUUUUGUAUUACCGUUAUCUCGCGGAUUCUAUUUCUUGACUGAUGUAAUACUCAUCUGUGAUAUGUGUACAUUUCCAAAUACGCCGCUUCCCACUCGAUAUUUAUUGAGGCUAAACCGACGAUCUUUUUAUUCUACAUUAUGUGAGGAUGAGGCGUGGAUCAUAGCGAUACGUUGAUUUGAUCGUCGCAACGUUGAUUGUGUAAAAGCGGACCCUUUAACAUAUAAUAAAGAUUGCUUUUUUUUCUUUUUA